CAAAAAUGGCGCUGGCCGUCAGUCUUUUACCCCGCUUGCUGCUUUCUCGGCCUCUGCCGGGCUCGGCCGCCCGACUCUGGACUCCCGGUUCGGCCGACGUGUGGCCGCCAUUGGCUGGACUUUGCUGCUUCUGCCGCCGCCGCCUCGGCUCGGGAGCGGCCCCAUUUCCUCGAGUCUCUUGGGCCUCCGCGGCCUUGGCGCUGCCUGCUCGGGCUCCUCAGCGUCCCCUGCUCAGCCCUCUGGGACUCCGCACAACCCUUCCCGCUUUCCCUUUCUGCCCUCGGCGAACCUACAGCACCGAGGAGCAGCCCCAGCAGCGCCAGAAAACCAAGAUGAUCAUCCUGGGGUUCUCCAACCCCAUCAGCUGGAUUCGGACUCGAAUUUACUCCUUCCUUAUCUGGGCCUAUUUCGACCAAGAGUUCAGCAUCGCAGAAUUCACGGAGGGAGCGAAGCAGGCUUUUGCUCAUGUGUCCAAGUUGCUGUCACAGAGUAAGUUUGAUCUACUGGAAGAACUUGUGGCCAAAGAGACACUACGUGUAUUGAAAGAAAAGGUUACUUCACUACCUGACAACCAUAAAAAUGCCCUUGCUGCUGACAUAGAUGAAAUUGUAUAUACAUCAACAGGAGACAUCUCCAUUUACUACGAUGAGAAAGGAAGGAAGUUUGUUAACAUCCUGAUGUGCUUUUGGUAUCUAACCAGUGCCAACAUCCCCAGUGAAACUAUAAGUGGAGCCAGUGUGUUCCAGGUUAAGUUGGGGGAUCAGAACGUGGAAACUAAACAACUUCUUAGUGCGAGCUAUGAAUUUCAGAGGGAGUUUACACAAGGAGUAAAACCUGACUGGACCAUUGCACGGAUUGAACACCCAAAGUUAUUAGAAUAAUCGAUCUUGGAAAAAUCAGCUUAUUGGACUUUUAGCAAUUACUGUGAAGAACUAAGGAAGAAAAAAUUUUCAGAUCAGUUGAUCUUCACUUAAUCAAGUCUGUGGAUUACGUUUGUAUUAUUUUGAAAUACUCCUUGUAGUAAAUUGGCAUGAUACAAUAAAGAAUUUUCCACAGAUUGUCAUCAC